AUGGCAAAGCACGACAACAGCAAAAACGUAAGCGAUACCGUGCUGGUAAGGCUCAACAACCGUGCUGAAUACAUGCGCAGGAUGAAAGAACUGAUACGAAGCGGUAACAAAUUCGUGAUAAAGCACGUACGUGCCCUGGCAGUAAACACCAAAGAAGUAUUUGAACUGGUGGAUGAAGUACCGCUACGUACUAAACUGCUAUUACUGGCAGAACUACCCGGUGACAUUCACAGCUACCACCACGUGGUGCACGAGGGACUAGAAGAUGAUGACACGGGCACGGUGAUGCUGUGCUACAGGGUGAUAAGAAAGCAUAAGGAGAUGACGAACGAUGAGCUGUUCACACGCAGAGUGUUAAAAAGCAUAUUGGUGAACGUGAGAAGAGAAGAAUCGUUUUACGAGUGUGUACACCUUUUGAUAGGGUUGUUGCGUGGUGUGCGAGUGGAUAGAAGGGAUGUUCUGAGAGUGAUGCACAUCGUGAAUGACAGAAUGAACACGGUGAAUAAGCGAUUUAGAGAGCGCAUUGGUACGUUGUACUGCUGUAUGGGGAGAUGGGUGGAUGUGAGGAGUGUUGUUAAUUUGAUGAUGGACAAUUUGAGGGUGUGUGACCGGGUGCAGAGAGUGAUGGGGGUUGUGGUGCUUUCUAAGAUGGGGGUGCGGUAUUUUUGUGAGGUGGUGGCCGUUUUGCUGAUGGACUACGGAAUGAGGGAGUUUAACGUCAAGGUUGGUGUUAUCAGGGUGUUAGAACGGAUUGUAAAAUAUUAUGUGGGGAGGUACUGUGGCGUAACGCAUCAUGAUAUGGGGCGUUAUAGUACGAAUUACUGUAAUAUGGUGUGUAGUAAUGCAGAUAAUUAUCGUUAUGCACUGCAUAAAUAUGGCAAUUGUGAACAGCGUGGAAGUGGCAAAAUAUGUGAUAUAGCAAGGCAUAAAUGCAUAAAGAAUGAAAAAUAUAAAAGAUAUUUGCGAGCGCAUGAAAUAACCGCAAAAACGUAUGCAAUAGAAGAUAAAAAGCGCAGAGCAAAAAACAGAAAGUACGUAAGAGUCUCUUCCAAACUGAUAAAAUAUAUAAUACCGGUCUUGAACAACGCCCUGACACAAAACGACAAAACACUAAGAAAAUGCGCGCUACAACUGCUAAAACACGUUCUACAUCUGCACAUAACAACAGAGCACCUUAUACACCUCUUCAACAUAUCAUUCGUUAAUUUACUGUGUGAUGACGAAAUCAAGGACGUAUUUGAUGAGUGUUUUGUUCUGUUUGUGCGUAAGCUGAGCAGUAAUUACGUGUUCAAGUACUUGGUGAGUGGGUUAGAGCACCCCUCGCAUAGCGUAAGGGAAAGGUACGUGGAGCUGCUUGCGAUGGUGCAACGCAAUGGUGUGCUAAUUGAGAGUGUUGAUGAUGAUGAAUUUAUUGAUAGUGUAUUUUAA